ACCCUCCGUCAACUACGCCUAUUGAAUGGGAAACUCGCCACUCAUUGCAGAUUCCACCAAUAGUCAUGCCCGGCCACAACCAAGCCACCUUCCCGUUGCAGACGAUGAGGACGAACCUCCUGGUUGUAGUGGUUUACACUCUCGAACAAGUUUCCUCAGUCAAGAUGUAGUAAAUCAAGAUAUCAAGUCCGUCUCACCUACCAUCGAAGAAGAGGUGGUAGGUGCCGGACUUUCUGAGAAGUCGGAACCGACGCCCCAAAGGGUUGUUGGUAAAGUUCAUUGGGCUGAUCGUCUCAGAACGCUCUUCCGUCCUGCCCACCCCAUUGGUCCCAUCCCCGGAUAUAGAGCGUCAAUGAAGGCGGCUGUCAUGUACACCCCAUUGAACAUCUGUCUUUUGUUCAUUCCGGUAUCAUGGGCGUUGCACUACACUGAUCAGAAUCAUACAUUGGUGUUCGUCUUCUCCGCACUGGCCAUUCUGCCUCUCGCUGCUCUUCUCGGUCUCGGAACGGAGCAAAUCGCUCUUCGCACCAGUCAGGCCGUCGGAGGUUUACUUAACGCUACGUUGGGCAACAUCGUCGAGAUGAUUAUCGCCGGUAUUGCUCUUAAAGAAUGUGACCUCGCCCUUGUUCAGAGCUCGCUUCUCGGCGGUUUAUUGAGUAAUUUACUGUUGGUACUCGGCAUGGCCUUCAUAGUCGGUGGUUUCCGUUUCCCGCAGCAAGAAUUCCAACCAAUGGCCGCUCAGCUGAAUUCGUCUCUUAUGACGGUGUCCGUUAUUUCGCUCCUUGUCCCAGCGGCAUUUCACGAGUACCUUGGAGAUCGACUUGGAGGAGAGGAAGGCCCGCUGUUACUGCAGCUGAGCAGAGGUAGUGCUAUCGUCUUGAUAUUGAUAUACAUUGCCUACCUUUUCUUCGUGUUUUACUCCCAUAAUCAUCUCUUCAUUGAUGUGUCGCCUUCCACCUCUAAGCAAAGCUCUGUGCGCUCGUCGAUUCACGCCUCGGAAACUGGAACCAUUCUUCCUGUCACGGAUGUUGACGCUCCUGCACCCAUUCAUUUCGAGAUGGUCAAGGUCAACGUACCCGUUGCUAUCGCCAUUCUCAUUGGUUCUACUGCCCUCGCCUACCUCACCGCAGAGAACCUCGUAUCGUCUCUGAACGGUCUGGUCGAACACACUAGCGUGUCGAAAGAAUGGAUCACGCUCAUCGUCAUACCGGUUAUAAGUAACGCUGCUGAGCACGUUACAGCCGUAGUUGUCGCCCACAAGGGUAAAUUCGACUUGGCGAUGAACGUCGCUGUAGGCAGCUGUAUCCAAAUUGCGUUAUUUGUCAUACCAGUCUUGAUCCUCGUCGCAUGGGGCUUGGGUAAGCCCUUGACUCUGUUGUUCGACCCCAUCGAGACUAUCUGUCUCUUCCUGUCUGUCCUUAUCGUUAAAUUCUCGAUUGAAGAUGGAAAGUCGCAUUGGAUGAGUGGUGUUGCACUCAUUGGUGUGUAUGUUGUGAUAGCAUUGUCGUUCUGGAACUAUCCCGUAGCGAACACGAUCCAGCCCACAGAUCUGGUAUGCUCCUAAGACAUUGCGUAGUUUUUACGAAUUACAUUUUGGAUUCCCAUGUACCAUAUCUGUAUAUGCUCCUCUUUCUACUGUGUAUCAUACAAGAGAAACAUGACCUGUCCUCCUAGUGCCAUUUUGCGGACAAGACCGCGGACAAGUUGCAUCAUGUAUCCUCAACGACCCGACUGAACCUAAGCAGCUCUAAGGGUAUGUAUGAUGUAGCUAG